AAACGAUUUCACACAGACGCGAGAUGCGAAAUACCCUAUCUGUGGUGUUAGAGUGAGACGCAACAAGCAACAUUCAUUUUCAACAGAUUUCCAACGUGGAGACAGAAAAUGUGUUACUUUAGUAUAUUGGUGAUAGUAUUUGACAGUUUCGAGUGAACUCACUGUGAACUGAUGAAAAUGGAGUGGCGAGGUGUUUUAGAUUUCAGACUACUUCUCUUAUAUACGUGUGGAAUAAUUGAAGUUCAAAGUAUGUCGGAGGUUUGGGUGGAGCUUCGAGGUCCUCGUUUCGUGGUGCACCACAAUAGUGCCACGUUGCGCUGCGACCACAAUGUUGACCCAGAAGCCUUAUACAAGGUGGUGUUCUACAAACACGGGCAGAGAAUCAUGAAGUUUGUCCGAGGCCGAGACCCGCCCUAUGAACUUUAUAACGUCACCGGAGCGGACAUAAAUCUCAGACACUUACAACCUACUUCGAUUACCUUGGAAAGAAUGGACUUCGCUGCUUCCGGUCCUUACGCUUGCGAAAUAGCCCUGGAAACUCCUUUAUAUUCUAAAAUAUCAAAAUUCCACGAGGUGAACGUCAUUGUACGCCAAAAGUACCGUCCAAAAAUUAAGAUAAAACAUAAAAAGUUACCAGCAAGUGAGCAUUUAAAAGCAACAUGCCAGAGUGGUCCUGCGUACCCCGCCCCGCAUCUUACUUGGUUCAUUAAUAACAAUAAGGUUGACGAAAGGCUGACGGUUCCACACGGGACCAUGAAAGUUCAUCGUCACCACCAUGGCAUGCCGCUCUCCGCCACCGUCUCUGAGCUCAAUUUCCCCCUGGACACGAUGGAUCUGUAUCCAAACCAGACAGUUGAGAUCACCUGCCUUAGCACGAUACCAAGUUACGCUAGCGAAUUUGAAGGCUUCGCUGAUGUACAGAACAGCACUGUGUCGGCCAACGUAAUCCGGCACGAGCCCGCGCCGACCCAGCUACCCGUGAAAAUUAUUAGCCCAGAAAUGAAUGUAUCACAUCGAUGUACUCACAAUAUCAUCAUUAUUCUAACGUCGUUGAUGUGCCAUUUUAGAUUUUAUUAA